AUGAGUGUAAUAACGGCUAAUUUUGACAUGUUGAGUCUCAGUGAUGAUGAGACACACUCAGAGGCGCACUCAGAGCCAAAUACUACGACUGCGACUGCGACUGCGACUAUUCCUUCAGUUUUUGACAGUCGACAUCAUUCACCUUCUCAAAUUGCCAGUUGCCCUCAUCUGAGGAAAUCGUCCUCUGGUUCUGCUUUGAGCUCCCAGACUGCGGAUAAAUUUCUUGUCCCAUCUGCACCAAUUUCUUCAAUCCCAUCACCACCUCCAGUUUCUUCAACCCCAUCUGCACCUCCAGUUUCAUCAACCCCAUCUGCACCUCCAGUUUCUUCAACCCCAUCCACAUUUGUCUCUUCCCAUCAUCACGAUUCAUCUUCCACUUCCACUAUCCAUCCUCCACAACCUCCUGACUUAACACCUGUGUUCUACCCCAAUCCAUUCAGCUACCUGACUGCAGCCCAUCCUGCAGUCACCUAUCAGCCUCACUACUGGCAGUCUUAUCUUGAGGUUGCACCUCAAGUCUACUACAACGCUGUGGACGUUGAUCCUCAGUACUAUCUAUAUCCAAACACCUUCGAACCCAACCUUUUUCCACCUCUCAAUACCGAGAUGGCGUACCCCUUCGGGCUCGCAGGGACCACCAACUAUGUGGAUUUCGAACGUUAUGAAAGCUGCCCAAUUGAGGAGCUCCUGCAGCAAUCCUUGAUUCCAUUCGGGGGCAUCACUGACAUGAACGUUCCUCCCCGUGAUGGUGUUCUGAUGAUUUCGAAUAUUCCGUACACUGUGUCUCGCCACGAGGUGUCCUCGUUCCUUGGCAAAAAUGCCUAUCUUCUUCCGUCCUCUGAAGGUUGUCCGAUCCAUAUCAUUAUGGAACGGUCCACCGGUAAGACCAUGGACAUUUUCGUGGAAUUCUCGACCAAGAAAGAUGCGCAAGAUACCUUUGAUCGGAUCACUGGUAACGCAUAUGAUGCUGGCAGUGCCCCACGUAUCGGCAGCCGCCAUGUUGACAUUGAGAUGAGCAGCCCGGCCAAGCUGCUCCAGGCUCUUUUCCCCCAGGCGAAGUGCAUUUCAUGGGAGACUGGAAAGCCUAUCCAGGUUCCCAACAAAGAUAGUUGGUCGACUGGUUUCAAUGGCUUCCUCACCGACGAGGAAUUGUUCUGCCUCACUCGUCUCUCUGAGCAACCCCACCGUAGCGUAUUUGCCAGCAAAGUUCCACAGCGAUGCUACGAAUCGUUCAUUUCCACUAUCUGGAAGUUCCCGUGGCAGGCGACUCAUCUUUACACCGUGCACCACCGAAAUGCCCUUUUCAAGACCCUUGGUACUAUGAUCAAGACCCUGGUCGAACGCAUGCAGAAAACAAACACAGUUGGUCUGGACGUCCGCCUUCUCAACGAGUUGGUGUAUGCAGGAAUUUGCUGUCCUGCCUUCAACCCUCGCAUGAAGUACUGUUUUGCCUGGUGGUCGCAGGAUAUGAGAGGAAUUGCAACCCUGGAUCAUGACUGGUGCCUUUACUUCCCAUUCGACACCAUGACCUAUGUCCAUGGACAUCCUCCCACCGCUAUUCAGUUCUAUGCAUACCUCAUGUCUCAUGGUGUUGUUCUGCGCACCGAGAAUGAUGGUCUAAUCAACAAGCACACUCAUCCUGAGAUCGAGCGAAUCUUCGGACGAUUCUGGUUCGAGUGGGACGACGAAGCUGCCCGCAACACCAUUUACAAAGACGCAGCCAACUACGAAGCAAGUGUUCUUCGAAAAUUCAUCAUUACUGGAUUCCAGCAUCUGCAUAAGCGAAACUCCAGUAUCUCUACCAUUGGCACUGCCCCUCCUGACUCUUCGCCAACCCACAGCACCACCUCGGUUGACAGCGAGCGUACAAUCUCCGCAUCUCGCUCUCGCUCUAUGAAUCCCAGCGCCGCCUCUCAGCAAGGCUCCUCCUUUUCGACCGCCCGCAACAUGCCUGGCAGCGUCGACGAUGGUAACAACUGGAACGCCCCUGGUCACACCCGUGGUAUCUCUCAGCGUCUUGAUGCUGACCAAUAUCUGCCGGAUACCCCCACACGCCGUGCUCCCCCAUCGGUUCGUCCCUACCGCCCUCCCCACCAUCGCGAAGUCUCCGAGGCCGCCCGCGACUGGCGCAUGCCCCGAGCCCAGCAGGCACCUGCCGCUGCCUCGUCUGAGAACCAGGCUCCUGUCCGCCCUAUCUACCGCGCUCCUCACUUGACCGCACAUAACGUCCGGUCGUCUUCUGACCCCUUCGCUCCCGGCCCUUCGGUUGCCCCCAGCAGCCAUCGGUCCCGCUCUGAUGCCGCCCGCCUUUCGACCGUUGAUCGUCAGGCAUUUGAUGAUUUGCGCGCUGCUCGCCGCGGCAAGGCCGCCCAGAAGUAA